AUGGUAAUCCCGCUGCUGAUAUUUUUCUGCGUUUCUUCUUCGAUGUAUGCUCAAACCACAACUCAGAAUAUUUUGGAAAUUAAUAUUCCAACGGUUAGUGGAGAGAGGGUUUUUGUAUCCAAUUCAGGGCAGAGAAGAAUUGAAAUUCAUAAUCCGAAAUUCUCGAAAUCUAAAUUUUUUCGGAAAAAGUUUUUUCCGAAACAAAAUUUGGGGUUUUUGAGACCAAGAAUUAGAAUUAUUGUAGUUUUAGGGGGCCAAAGUAACAGUGAAAGUCGAGUUCGCAAUUUUUUCACUUGGGGAAUCAUAAAAUAUUUUUUAUGUUACUGUAUGUAAAGAAGUACACAGAAAUAAGCGAUAGAGCAAACUUGAUUUCCCAUCUUUUAUACAUGUUUUCUGUGUUUUAGAAGAAAACACGGCUUCCAGGAGCAUCUUAUUCCUUAUUUAGCAGAAGACCCUAUCAAAACCUCUUUUUUUCAGGUAGCUCCCCAAGCAUCAACAAGUUGUACAACUGCAACAUGGUUAGCCUGGGGCGAUUGGUCGACUUGUUCAGAUGAAUGUGGAUCUUGUGGGGUUCAAAUGAGAACAAGAACAUGUUUGACAACUGAUACAACUUGUACUUGUAGUGGGUAAGUUAGUUGUACUUUUGAAAAAGAAAACCGGAGAAAUAUUGCAAAUAUAUUCAAAUUGGUUUGAGAGAUUAUGGUUUGUAACUAGAAAAAAAACUAUGACAAUUAAAAACACAGAUGUGGUUGUUGGUUUGGAAAUGAACUCCGGGUUGAAAAAAGUGUUAUUCUAGUUCUUUAGUUGUGAAAAUUGCAAGGCUGGAAAUUUCAAUUCCCCAAAAAUCUUCCAGAACUUUUUUCUCAAAUCAGAAAAUUUUACACUUCUUCGAAAAUUGAUUGUGGAACCCGAAAAUGAUUGAUGUCUGGAACACCAGACAGCUUGCAGAAACCAGUUUCCAAUAAAAAAAUUCCAAAAUUUUCAGAUCGGCAACCGGUGUACAAUAUUGUAAUUUGGACAUUUGCAGAUAUCCAAGAACUACUUGCUGCAACAAUUUUAGGGUUUGAAUAUCUAUUUUUCCCUCUGAAGUUUAAUCUGAAAAAAACAAAAAAUAUUUCAGGUUUCAUCAUACGGUGGUCGUUUUGCUUGUCUCAAUCAAACAUCUUCCUAG